AUGUCGGCAGAGAUUAAAUUUAUGUGGAAGGCACCGUGGCGUGCAAAAGUACCGGGGAAGGUUAAAAUCUGCGUCCGGAGGGUUUGUUUAGCUGCUUUGCCGACAAGAGUCAACUUAAAGAUAAGAAAAGUCCUUAUGGAUGAUGGUUGUGUCUUCUGUGGAAAUGAACCUGAAUCGGUUGAACAUGUUCUGUUGCAUUGUCCUCAUGCUAAAACUAUAUGGAGCUACAAUCGAUUGGGUUCGCAAGCUCUGCAACAAGGAGAGAUUGGAGUACAAGAUUGGUUGGAUCGUUUGGCUUCCAAUUUAUCACGGGAGAGCUUUGACUUAGUGCUUGUUCUGUUAUGGAACAUCUGGAAAGCUCGUAAUGAGCUGUUUUGGAAUGGUGUGGUAACGCCACCUCAGGAAAUUCCAAUUAAAGCAAGUACUUGGUUGCUAGAGUUUAAGAAAUGGAAUAUGGUGCAACCUAAGACUAAGUCUGACGGUGUGCAGAAAUGGAGGAAGCCGGAGGAAGGGUGGUUCAAAUGCAGUUUUGACGGUGUGUGGGAUGAACAUGGGAUGCCGUUGGGGAGUUUGUUGCUGCAGCGGCAGUAA